AUGAAUUGCAGGACAUCCUGAAGAAAUACUCUUUAAACUUCUCAAAAGAACAAAUGAAGAUCUUCAAUGACCCCAUUCAUGGACACAUGGAGCUGCACCCCCUGCUGGUGAAGAUCAUUGACACUCCUCAGUUUCAGAGACUCAGACACAUCAAACAGCUGGGAGGGAUAUACCUGGUCUAUCCUGGCGCUUCUCACAAUCGCUUUGAACACUCUCUUGGUGUGGCAUAUUUAGCAGGUUGUCUAGUGAAAAUCCUUCAUGACAAUCAGCCUGAGCUCAACAUUAACAAACAGGAUUUCCUGUGUGUUCAGAUCGCUGGUCUGUGUCACGACUUGGGUCAUGGUCCAAUUUCUCAUUCAUUUGAGAGGUGGGUUAUUCCUGAAGCCAAAAAAUCUUCUUAUCAACAGCAUGAGCAGAUGUCAGUCCAGAUGUUCGAUGACAUUGUGAAACGUCUGAAGGCUGAGAAUGAAGAUGUGUUUGAAGAACAUGGACUGGGUGAUAAAGACGUCACCUUCAUUAAAGAGUUAAUCAAAGGGGCAAAAACUUCAGAGGUACAUAUUGAUGUGUGGGGAUACAAGGGCAGAGUUGAAGACAAAUCCUUCCUGUAUGAGAUUGUGGCAAAUAAACAGAACGGCAUUGAUGUGGACAAAUGGGACUAUUUCGCACGAGACUGUCAUCACCUGGGCAUUCGAAACAGUUUUGACCAUCAGCGUCUGCUGAAGUUUGCUCGAGUCUGUGAAGUGAACGGGAGAAAACACAUCUGCUUCAGAGACAAGGAGGCUGAUAAUGUUUAUGACAUGUUUCGCACCCGAUACACUCUCCAUCGCCAGGCCUAUCAGCACAAGAUGGGCUACAUCAUUGACACCAUGUUUGCAGAAGCACUCAUACUAGCUGAUCGUGAUCUUCAUGAAGAAAAACCCGAAGAUAUGUUGAAGAUUUCUGAAUCCAUAAAAACAGCAGAGGACUACAGCAAACUCACAGAUGAGAUCUUUGAGCAGAUUUCAUCCUCCACUUCUGAUAAUCUGAAGGAAGCUCGAGACAUCUUGAACAAGAUCAUCAGAAGAAAACUGCCAAAGUUUGUUGGAGAAGCCCGACUGACUGAGAACAGCAUGUCAAAGGAAGAGCUGACAGAUUCAUGGAAGGCAGCUGUACACAAGUAUGAACCCGCAGACCCGACUGUUUCUCUGAGCGCUGAUGACUUCUCCGUUUAUCUGGUUGAUCUGGAUCACGGCAUGAAGGACAAAAACCCCAUUGAAAAGGUGUUUUUCUACAGCAAGAGGAAACCCAACGAAGCUUCUGCCAUUAAAGAUUAUCAGCUCUCCAGUUUCCUGCCACUGAGGUUUAAUGAAGAGCUGGUCAGAGUUUACUACAAAACAACUGAUGGGAAUAAAGAUGAGCUGAAGAAGAAAGUGGAGGAGGCUGAGAAGUGCUUUCAGGAUUGGUGUAAAUCCAAAUUUGGAUGCCUUUAAUGGUUUAUAAUAUAUCAUAUUUAAGUUUGUGGCUGCACAAUCAGUACAAGUGUCUGUAAUUUCACUGAUUGUUUAAUG